AUCUAACGAUCGCUUUACGGAAACGCCCGAAUGUGUUAUUACUUGUGUAGUGAGGGAUGGUGGUGGUUUGUUCGGCGUCUUGAUUCCCGAAUCUCGAAUCAACUGUUUACACAAUUUCAUCCCUGAUAGUGAAUAUAAAAAUGUGAUUUCCCCGGGAGUAAUAAUAUUUCACGAACGAUUUCAGCCCGAACCCCGACUGAUACGACUCUUUGGCACUUUUGAGGGUGGACCUUUCGCAUCGAGCUGUACCCUCACUAUCUAGUCCUUACUCACAAGUUGCUAUUAAUACGCUAUGCACGCUGGUACAACUUUCGUGUAAUCUUUGCAAAACGCACUGCCGCCGGUUGAAAAAUUACCUAAACCCACAAGCCGGGUGCUGAUACUUAAUACGCGUAAAUUGGUUUUAAUAAUAAUCUACUUUCGUACUACGACGACGAUUAAAUUUUUAAAGAUCGAGACGAAAAUAUUUUACCCGUUCGUGCAAAGUGAUACGCGUGAUGACCCGCAAGCGAAACCAAGGUGGCGUAUCUAUUCGUGAAUAUUAAUAUGUAUACGAGAAAAGUUUCGUGAAAUGUAUUUUUGUCCCGUGAACAUACAGCAUCACUAGUUUACGUGUAAUAAUUAUAUAAUUCUCGAUGAAAAUAUCAUGCCUAAAUUCAAAUGACAAAUAUCAAUCGUAUAAUCUAUUUCAGACUGGAUAGUAAUGAAAUGGAUUUUAUUUACGGUAUAAAACAAUGUGUUGUGAAUCAAUUUACUACGAUAUUUCAUAAGCCGGUAGUCGUAUGUUCGUUGGAUUAUUUAAAGUAAAGAUAUACAUCGGUUCAACGAAAUUUAGAAUAAUUUUAAUUAACGAAAAACAAGCUCAUACGCAAAUGCACAUGAUCUACAUAUCUCUCGGUUUAGUUUUCUUUCUCCACCACUUGGAAAAAAUUUUGUAAACGUAAUACGCGCGCGUAAUACAAUAUCAUCGAAGUAUGCAUUGUCAAUUUUAAUACCACAAAUAUACACACCUGAUGCAAAACACACAAUAAAGUCUUGACGCGAUAAUGAAUUCGGGUCGCGUAAUUAUUUUCUAUUAUAAAUUUACCGUCAUGGAUGCCUAAAAUUAAAUCCUGCGUAUACUGUGAAUUUUUGCAAAUAAAAAUCAGGAAACGACAAAUUUUUUUAUAUAUAUAAAACAAAAAAAAAAAAGAAAACUCGAAAAUGAUUCGGCACGGGAUGAAGAUGGGAAAUUUGGAAUGAUGAUUCGAAAACAGUAAUUCCGCCGGUAAACAACAAGUAGGCAGUACCAAAUCUGUUGAUACCGUGGUGCUUGUGCUCGAGCUUGUGCAAGUGCAGGUGGAUGGAUGUUCGGGACCUGCAGAAAGCAUAUCAAAGUUUGGAAUGGCAGUUGGAGUAUUGCUGGUGACAGUAGUCAACCUAAUUAUCGGUGGUUAUUUGCUCACAAUUAUCGGCCAUGCGAACGCUACUGGUAAUUGGGAUACGGACGACGAUCCAGUUUCAACGUUAGAAGUAACAGCGGUGCUUGGUCGAACCGCGGAAUUACCUUGUGACAUUGAACCAUCCACUCGAGAAGAUCGUGUGUACAUGGUGCUGUGGUUUCGUGACUCCUCAGUAAAGCCCAUUUACAGGUACGAUGUUCGAGGUAGGGGUUUUAGUACGGCGCUUUAUUGGUCGGAUGGCAAUGCUUUCGGGCCGCGAGCACGCUUCGUCACAUUCUCGAAGCCAGCCAAACUCUUGCUCGAAGCCGUUCAGCUGGACGACGAAGGGAUAUACAGAUGUAGGGUGGAUUUCAGAAAUUCACCGACUAGAAAUUUUCAAGUUAAUCUAACGGUAAUAGUGCCGCCUCAUCAGCUCCUGAUUUACGAUGGAUCUGGCGUCAAGGUGGAUCACAUCGUUGGACCUUUUCAAGUAGGCCUUGAAUUUGGUCUAUCCUGUGAGGUUCGCGGAGGAAAACCGGCACCGAACAUCACGUGGUACGUCAAUGGGGUUGAAGGUGGCGGUCAGUUGGAGGAAACCGGCCUAAAUAUUAUCGUUAGCAAGUUAACGGUGCCUAAAUUGCGGAGAGAGCAUCUGAACACAACGUACAAGUGCAGAGCCUCUAAUACCGAGCUGAUACCGCCGCUGGAAACGACUGUCCUCUUGGACGUUUAUUUGAAACCGUUAUCGGUGAAGAUAGUAUCCAAGCCCGAUGUUUUGGAGGCGGAAAGCGAGUACUCCCUAACUUGUGAAGUUGUUGGCUCGCAUCCUCGUGCUCAGAUCGCUUGGUUCGACGGAACCGUGGGGUUCCGAAAAGGAAAGUUCCGAGAGAUCGGUAAUGCCACCGUCGUUCUGAACACUGUGACGUUCACACCUUCUCCCGAGGAUGAUGGGAAAACGCUCAAAUGUCGUGGAGAGAAUCCAGUCUUGCCGGGUGCUUUCUUGGAAGACACGUUUCAGCUGAAUGUCGUAUUCGCGCCUAGAGUGUUUCUACAACUUGGAAGUACGCUGAAUGCGGAGAAUAUAAAAGAAGGCGAUGACGUCUAUUUUGAAUGUCAAGUUCGGGCGAAUCCUGAGCUGAGCAAAAUUACAUGGCAGCACAACGGAUUAAUGCUGCUCCAAAAUUUCUCAGCCGGAGUUAUAAUGAGUACGAAAAGUCUGGUUCUUCAGAGCAUUGGCAGGGAUAAUGCCGGAAACUAUACCUGCGUUGCGACUAACGAACGUGGAGAAACGACUAGUCCCAGUGUGUUACUCAGAAUCCAAUUUGCCCCGGUUUGCAAAGCGAAAGAGGUCACUAUCAUUGGUGCGUCUCUUGAAGAAUCCGUGAAAGUACGUUGCCAGGUAAUUGCGGACCCCGCCGAGAUUGAUUUCACCUGGGAGUUUAAUAAUAGUGGGGAAAAUUUGGACGUUGCUCCCGUGACGUUUGACGGAGAUAACGGAACUACGAGCGAGUUGAUGUACACUCCGAUAUCCGAACGUGAUUACGGGGCUCUAACUUGCUGGGGUAAAAAUGCAAUUGGCAAACAGGAAUCGCCAUGCGUUUAUCAAGUUAUACCAGCCGUAAAACCCGGACCCUUGAAUAAUUGCACGGUCAAAGCGUCGCUGAACAGAAGUUCUGAAAUACUCGAGGUCGACUGUGUACCGGGAUACGACGGAGGUUUACGCCAGGAAUUCAGACUGGAAGCAUACGAAGUCCUCUCCGAUCAUCUGCGUGUGAACAUAUCAAGCGUGACCCCGGAUGUUCCUAUAUUCAGGAUAAACGUCGCAGAUCUUCUUCCCGCCACUCAGUUUUACCUUGUCAUGUACGCAGUGAAUGCGAAAGGACGAAGCGAAAUCUGUCUUCUCGACGACAUUACGCUUCGGGAUUCCGAAAAGCACGCAGACAGCGGCAUUAACGUCAUUGCGCUUAUUUUGCUGUUGACUGGAUGUUUAAUGGCCCUCGGAAUUGCAACACUUUCUGUAAUAUUAAUGAUGUACCGACGGCGUGGGGCCACAUCCCCGGUCCACAUCGAGCCGUACAUGAAACAGCCUAUAAUCACACCUCCGGAUUCCAAGAAUAAUUCCAUGUUUGAUAUCACAAACGGCGACACGUAUUUCGUCGAGUACACGCUCAAGCAGGUCACCGACUACGCUCUCAACAUUCAACCAGAUAUUAUACAAUCUCCGCAAGAAGCGUGUAAGCGAAUACUUGUCAAGGAGCAGGCUUUGAGUACAGGAAACUUGAAGCUGAAUCAUCGGAACCACGCGGUAGUAUCAGCCGCAGGGAAACGAGAGCCCGGCAUUUCCGUAAACAAGUGGUUCAUUGGAGACGUGAGAAUGCACGGAAAGACACAAAUAUGUAGUUAAAUGUGAAACAGAUCGCAACCGCGGGGAUACAAAGAACUUUCGUUCGAUUGUUAAACUCAAUCACUAAAAACACUUGAUAGCUGGUUGUAACAAUACGGUGUCACAAAUGAACUGGUAAUAUUGGCAUGAAGUUAUAUCGUCGAUUUUGUGGUAAAAAAAUUGAUAUAUCAAGCAAUGUAUAAAAUACCUAAUUGGCUCUCCCAUGUGAUUAAGCUUUCGUGUGAAAUUAUAUGAUAGAAACGCAAGUGAAAAGAUUAAUUACAUCGAUGGUGUCAUAACUGCUUUUGUCGGUACAUGGACGUCAUUUGUAUACAGAAAUAAUGCCAAGUCGGAAACGAAUUGAAGAAACAAGUUAUGCGACAAAGAAUGGAAACGAUUUUGUAAACGAUACCGUCUUUCUUUUAAUUUUCUUAAUUUUGUCUGCUGUACUUGGUGUUUGAUGAAGGAAAAAGAAGAUUUAGAAGAAAGGAAAAAAAAGAAAAAGAAAAGCAAAAAAAAAAAAAAAAAUGGGAAA